CAGAUCAGCGAGGGAUCAGUGUGUUUUCACCUCGUAGCGAACAGCGACCCAAGUCAAAGCCGGCAGAAACCGGACCAGACAGAACCGCGGACUGGAUCUGGCAGCAGGACCGUCCUCUGCCGCCUUUCCACCGCGGUAGGGUGCACCUUCCGGCGCCGGGCACCGCGUCUCCGCCGCCUGGCUCUGCCGCUCGCUGCCGUCCGUGCGGCCGCUUCGUGUCCAGACGUUGGUGAGACUGAAGCUGGAGCUUGGACCGGGGACGAUGCCUCCGCCGUCCGCAGAGCUCUGCCCCUGACUCCGGAUGGAUUGUCGAGUGGUUUACAGCCGCCUGGAUUGGAACAUGGAGUGAUUUUUUAGCCCAGAACCGGACCGGGAGUUCCAUCUUCUGAACCGCAGGCACAGACUGGAUUUCGCCGGAAGGUUCCUGCAGGAAUUGUCGACUGCUUCCCAUCAGUUGUGCCUCGCUGGGGUUUACUGCUGUGAAUGUGGUAAAAGGAUGCUGCAGGGCCUGGACGCGGGACCGAGCCCAACCUGAAGCCCUCCUCCCCGACCCGACCCGACCCGACCCUUGGAGCCCUCAGCGCCGUCCUCCCAUCAUGAACCUGCUGUGCCGCGGACGCCUAAAGCUGCUGGUGGCGUCUCUCACGGCCAUCGUCCUGCUCACCUGGCUCUACCUGCUGGCUGGAAACUUAGAAAACGGCCGCUCCCUCCUCAUGGCUCCCUGUCUGGCCGACACCCCGGCGGCCCGGGUUCUGGAACGCGCCGUCCUGGAGUCGCGGGUCCGAGAGGUGGAGGAGGAGAAUCGGCAGAUCCGGCUGCAGCUCAGCCAGUCGCAGGGCGCCGCGGGCCAGCUGCCGGACGGUAACUAUGGCAACCAGCAGUGGGGAGCCUCGGCGGACACGGGGCCGGAGGACGGGGACAACACAGCGGAGGAGAAGAACAACCACACGGACUGUCCCCGCUCGCCCAGCGUCCAGAAGUGCGAGCUCAUCCAUGUAGCCUGUGUUUGUGCCGGUCACAACGCCAGCAGAGACGUGGUCACGCUCGUCAAGUCCGUCCUGUUUCACAGGAGGAAUCCUCUCCACUUCCAUUUCAUCACAGACACAGUAGCCAACCGUAUCCUGAGUUCUCUGUUCCAGUCCUGGAUGGUCCCAUCCGUGCACGUCAGCUUCUACGAUGCGGACGAGCUCAAGUCCGAGGUGUCGUGGAUCCCCAACAAACACUACUCAGGUAUUUACGGCUUGAUGAAGCUGACGCUGACCAAAGCUUUGCCCUCCGACCUGUCAAAGGUCAUCGUCCUGGACACGGACAUCACCUUCGCCACGGACAUCGCCGAGCUGUGGGGCAUCUUCAGGAAGUUUACAGAUAAACAGGUGAUUGGCCUGGUGGAGAACCAGAGUGACUGGUACCUGGGGAACCUGUGGAAGAACCACAGGCCGUGGCCGGCGCUGGGUCGAGGCUUCAACACCGGCGUCAUCCUUCUGUAUCUGGAGCGACUGCGGCGGAUCGGCUGGGAGCAGAUGUGGAGGCUGACGGCCGAGCGGGAGCUGAUGAGCAUGCUCAGUACGUCGCUGGCUGACCAGGACAUCUUCAACGCCUUCAUAAAGCAGAACCCGGUGCUGGUGCACCAGCUGCCGUGCUUCUGGAACGUCCAGCUGUCGGACCACACUCGCUCCGAGCAGUGUUACACCGAGGUGUCCGACCUGAAGGUGAUCCACUGGAACUCCCCGAAGAAGCUCCGCGUGAAGAACAAGCACGUGGAGUUCUUCCGGAACCUCUACCUGACCUUCCUGGAGUACGACGGCAACCUGCUGAGGCGGGAGCUGUUCGGCUGCCCCAGUCAGGCCAGCGCCGACAGCGUCCAGGUUCGACUGCAGGCGGCUCUGGAGGAGCUGGACGAGGACGACCAGUGCUACGACUUCCGGCGGGAGCGCCUCACCGUUCACAGGGUGCACCUGUACUUCCUGCAGUACGAGUACACGCCCGCCGAGGACGCCACCGACGUCACGCUGGUGGCCCAGCUCUCCAUGGACAGGCUGCAGAUGCUGGAGGCCAUCUGCAAGCACUGGGAGGGCCCCAUCAGCCUGGCGCUCUACAUGUCGGACGCCGAGGCGCAGCAGUUCCUGCGCUACGCUCAGGCCUCCGAGGUCCUCAAGAACCGCAAGAACGUGGGCUACCACAUCGUCUACAAGGAGGGGCAGUUCUACCCAGUCAACCUGGUGAGGAACGUGGCCCUGAAGAACGCCAACACGCCCUACGUGUUCCUGACCGACGUGGACUUCCUGCCCAUGUACGGCCUCUACGACUACGUCAGGAAGGCCGCAGUGCAGCUGGACAUGGCUCACACCAAGAAGGCGCUGGUGGUUCCGGCCUUCGAGACGCUCCGCUACCGCCUGUCCUUCCCUAAAUCUAAAGCCGAGCUGCUCUCCAUGCUGGACAUGGGGAGCCUCUACACCUUCAGGUAUCACGUGUGGCCCAAAGGUCACGCUCCCACCAAUUACGCCAAAUGGCGAACAGCCACCACCCCGUACAAGGUGGAGUGGGAGCCGGACUUCGAACCGUACGUUGUUGUGAGAAGAGACUGUCCUGAAUACGACCAGCGCUUCGUGGGCUUCGGCUGGAACAAGGUGUCUCACAUCAUGGAGCUGGAUGCUCAGGAGUACGACCUGAUGGUUCUCCCCAAUGCGUUCGUGAUCCACAUGCCGCACGCUCCCAGCUUCGACAUCUCCAAGUUCCGCUCCAGCUCCAGCUAUCGCAACUGUCUGAACACCCUGAAGGACGAGUUCCACCAGGACCUGUCCCGGAAGUACGGCUCGGCCGCUCUCAAGUACCUCACGGCCCAGAGGAGCAUCUAAGCGGAGCGCUGAGAGCCGGUGAGGUCGGCCUCAGAGCCGCAGGAGCUCGGACAUGCGCCGCCGCCGAGCGCGAACCUGACGUAAAGCUUUACGGCCCCCCAGGGGGCUCCCGUGAACUGACUCUCCUGUCGACUCCGCCUGGCGGUGGAGGAGGACGAGCAGAGAGGAAAACCCGGACCGGACCUGACGGGGGCGAGGGCAGAGUGGGAGCUGAACGGACAGAGCUUUAAGGCUGCGAUAAGAGUUUGUUCUGACAAUCAGAGCUUUGCCGGAAGGUCUUCGUUCACGUGGAAUCUGGAUCAGAGAGAGAGAGAGAGAGAGAGAGUUAAGGAGAAACUUUAAGCCUUAUCACUCCCAUGAUGUUUAGUACGAUGUGUAAUGACGAUGCUUUCCUUUGUUUUUCUCCAGUGUAAAUCGAAACCAAUGAAUAACGAACUGAUCACAACUUUACAUACGAGUCAGCUUCAUCUUCUUAUAUUUUCUAUCCAUCACGUUUACUUGGGCUUCAGGGGCGCUGCGCGUGAGACUGGAUCCAUCUACCUGCUGCUGGUCCUCAGUGUCACCUUCGCUUCGUCCUGUUCGCCUGCAUGUUGCACUACAUGUUAGAAACAGCCACGUUCGGUAUGUUCGUCCUGACGGUUAUUGGCUGGGACCAACUCACACGACCACUACUGACAUAUCUUUAGGAUGAGAGCGAAGCCUUUCGUUUUGCUGCUGCGUAUGGAAUGUGUCCGAUCACUGGAGUUGUGCCGUCUACUGUAAAACCAGCAGCUACUGGGUGAAGUCCGGCUGAAAUGAAGCGUCACGAGCUGCUUCACAUCCAGACAAAGGUUUGUUCACCUCAUAGCUCAACAACAUACGCUGAGUUCAUCACCUAGAAUCCGAGACAACAACUGAUUCUCAGCCGUCUAAUGCUGAAUCGCGUGUCUUUGCCUCAUACACCUGUUAAAUGUAGAACAGAAGGAUAAUGGUCCAUGAAGGAAUCCUUUCAGCUGGACUUCAUUCAGUGCUGUUGGAGAAGAGUUCCUCCUGAUGGCUCAGUACUGAGUUUGGUCACGGUUUGGAUCCUUGUGGUCCUGGCGGUUCGGACCUGACCGUCCAGGCUGGAGCUUCUUUCUGAUCCGAUUGUCUGUUCGCCUUUUUUGCUUCUGUUUAACAUUCUCAUCCUUCUGUGUCCUGUUUUGUUUCUGGAUCCGUCCGUGAACGGAUUCCGAUCCUGAGUGAUUCCCAGUGAGCGGCGCUGCGUCGCGGCUGCUCAUCCGCUCACUCUGCCUCCAUUGACUUGUUGUUGAUUGUGGUAAAUGCUAGUGCCUUUGCUGUAUUGUGAAACUGGAUAUUGAUUGUACUGUUGUACCAACAGGGCCUGGGGAAAGUCAGGCGCUCUAUUUAUUAUUGUUGACUCAAAUCAAUCAUAUUUUUCUAUGUAAGUGCUUUAAAUAAAUUUGCCCUUUUUUAUCA